AUGGACACCAUCUACCGCCAGAUUUUCACCCCUAUCAUUACUUACGCCUGCGGCAGCUGGAGUAAGGCAGUGCCCAAGGUCCACAUACGCCGUAAAUUAAUCGCCGCACAAAGGAGAGCCCUCAUUUAUAUCACCAGAGCCUACUCUACCACCCCCAAUUUGUCUCUACAGAUCCUUGCAAGGAAGCCUCCAAUAGACAAGUACAUCAUGUCCUCCGCCAGUCUCUGGCAUCUCAAGCGUGGGCGCAACAUUAAUAUGGACGACCUCAUUAUCAACAGCAGGGACCUCGAGAGCAGCAUCCCUCUUGCCAGCUCCAGGCACCCCGCUCUCCCCAUCACAAUUAACUUCUAUCAACCUAACCACGCCGACUUGGAGAUUUACACCGACGGCUCGAAAGCUGACCUCAAUGUCGGGCUCGGUGCCCAUUUCACCAUUCUUCAAGCAGAGCUGUUUGCCAUCAGUAGAGCAGUGGCCUGGUCCUCUGCCAACUACUCCAACUCCACCGUGGCGAUCAUUUCAGACAGCUUAUCUUCCAUUACACUUCUCCAGAACCACUCGCACCAUCCCAUUGCCUAUGACAUCCAGAACAAUAUUUCUGCCUCCAAUAACUCCUACUACAUCCGUUGGACCAGAGCCCACCAGGGAACGCUCGGCAACGAGAGGGCGGACGCCCUUGCCAAGUCCGCCAGCUCUGACCACGACCUCCCUGUGGCCUACAACAAACUUAGCAUCCACUCCAUCAAACUCAUCCUGAAGGACCAUCUACUCACCUCCUGGCAACGGGACAGGAAUGAGAGGAGGCAUCCCACCACACAUAGACUUAUUCCAGCCAUCAGAAAUUUCAUUAACAGCAAGUGGUACUGCCCUAAUCAACGCAUGAGCCAAUUCCUCACCAACCACGGAGGAUUCCACUCUUAUCUGGCGAGGUUCCACAACACCCCUAACCCUAACUGUUCAUUAUGCGGAGUCGUGGACAGUUCUUCACACUACCUCUUCGAGUGUCCUGCCCUAGAGCUGGAGAGGCUACACCUCAAAAUCGUUCUAGAGGCCCACGGCAAGUCCUGGCCUAAUGACUGCUACGAGAUCUUCAAACACAAGGACACCUAUGAGGCUUUCAACACGCUUAUUGUCAAAUACUUUAAGUGUUCAACCGUGCCCAUGUAA